AUGAAAACCUGGAACAGAGAGGUGAUUCGAUUGGAGCAUACCAAGGCCUACACCACUAUCGAUGAUCAAAUGUACCUUUCCCACUGCACGCCCGCCCAAAACGAGAGUCUUUUGCAGAGGGACGGCAUCACGCAUGUUCUCAACACGGCGAUUGAACUUGAAACCCAACGAUUUGUGAAUGUCCACGUCUUGCAUUUGAAACUCUACGACAGUCCCGACCAGCAAUUGCCCUUGAAGGAUUCUUAUUCACAUGUCAAGGCACGCAAACCCAACAUUGGACCCAACUUUGGCUUUCUCAGCCAACUGCAAGAGGCAGAAAUUAGACUCUUUCACAAUCCCAUUUGUUCCACGGGAAUGGCGGAAUACAAGGCCGAUAAUUUGUUAGAAAUAUUGGAUGGGUCUGGAAAAACCAAGGAACAAGUCAUGGCAGUACUGAAACAAACAGGUGGAAAUGCACAUGUUGCGUUGGACAUGCUUCUGGAUUGA